UUCAACGGACAUCAUGCAUUGGAUGUGGCUCUUGUUUCUAUCUAUUCUGUCCACGUCGGCUAUCAGGCUGAAAUCAGAUCAACAUACCAAGGACUGGUGGGAGCGAGCUGGCUUCUACCAGGUUUACCCACGUUCCUUCAAGGACAGUGAUGGGGAUGGAAUCGGCGACCUGAACGGAAUCACCGAAAAACUGUCCUACCUCAAAGAUAUCGGGAUGCGCGGUUUUUGGCUGUCACCGAUGUACAAAAGUCCGAUGGCUGAUUUUGGGUACGACAUUUCCGAUUUCCGUGACAUCCAACCGGAGUAUGGUACGAUGAAUGACUUCCGAAAUCAGAUCACCGAAGCCAAACGUCUCGGAUUGAAGGUGAUAUUGGAUUUUGUACCGAAUCAUUCUAGUGAUGAGCACGAGUGGUUUGUCAAGUCAGCGAAUCGAGAGGCAGGUUACGAGGAUUACUACGUUUGGCGAGAUGCUAAACCGAACCCGGAUGAUCCGAACAAGCCACUUCCGCCGAAUAAUUGGCUUUCAGGUUUCCGAGGUAGUGCGUGGCAGUGGAACGAACAGAGGCAACAGUUCUAUUAUCAUCUUUUCACAGCCAAACAACCAGAUUUGAACUUCAGGAAUCCUAAGGUAGUGGAAGAAAUGAAAGACAUUCUUCUUUUCUGGUUGGAUCUGGGUGUAGACGGAUUUCGCAUCGAUUCUGUUGGUUGUAUGUUCGAAGUGCCAGCAAAUGAAAAUGGAGAUUUUCCAGAUGAACCAUUAAGUGGAACUACUGAAGAUAGCGAGGAUUUUGCCUAUUUGGAGCACAUCUACACUAUCGAUCGUCUGGAGAAUGUUGAAAUGGUGUAUCAGUGGAGAACUCUGUUGGAAAAUUACCAGACCCAACACGGAGGGGACACACGCAUUUUGAUGACCGAAUCUUGGUCUAAUUUGGACAUUAUAAAACCGUAUUUCAAAGAUAUUCAAGGACAUGAAGGUGCCCAAAUGCCGUUCAAUUUCCGGUUAAUCACCGAACUUAAUAUAACUUCAACUGCAUACGAUUUCAAGAAUGUGAUUGACUCCUGGAUGGCGAUCGUGGACGACGGCUAUGCGGCCAACUGGGUGCUUGGUAAUCACGAUCGCAGUCGACUUGGUACACGAAUGGGUGAACAGCGGAUAGAUUCAAUGGCGAUGAUUGAGCUUACACUUCCUGGUGUGAGUGUGACAUACCAGGGUGAAGAGAUCGGAAUGACCGAUGUCGAUAUAUCGUGGGAAGAAACCGUUGAUCCAGCAGGUUGCAACGAAGGAAUAGAUAAUUAUGCAGCCAAAUCGCGUGAUCCAGUGAGAACGCCUUUUCAGUGGGAUGAUAGCAAUUUGGCUGGAUUUACAAAUGGCACGGGUACCUGGCUGCCGGUAGGAUCAAAUUACCGCAGUAUUAAUGUCAAAGUGGAAAGUAGUGUGGCGAAAAGUCACCUUAACAUAUUCAAAAGUUUGAUGAAGCUCAGGGAGAGUGAUACGUUUUUGUACGGUGAUUGGCGAACGAUAGCGAUCAAUGAGCAAGUUUUUGCGAUCGUUCGCGAUCUUAAAAGCUCAAAUAGAUAUAUCACGCUGGUAAAUCUUGGGAGCUCUUCACAGACCGUGGAUGCUGGAAAAUUCGUUAAAAAUAUAUCGAAAAUUCUGAUUUAUGCAAUCGUCUCUGGAGCGUCUUCUCACAAUCCGGGAGACUCAGUUACUGCAAGUAACAUAGUGCUUCAACCAUACGAAGCGUUCGUCUUGGAAGCAGAACGUUCAGUUGAUCGGAAAAUGCGAGCUGAAAUUUGCGAAAGAUGGUUAAUCGAUUAAGAGUGUUGUUACUGAUUUCUAUUUCAUCUGAACUUCAGAAAACAUAUUGUAGUUCUAGUUAACAAGUGGCAUCAAAUAUUGUUUUAGGUAGCCCCUUCUCCGCUUGUUACCUCAUUUAGUUGUUAUCGCUGCCAAUCACACAAUAAUAUGCUGGUCAUUCCACCAAGAUUUACAAGUCAAUUUUUUAUUUUAUUCGAUUUUUUUGCCUUCUUUAACAAAAAAUAAUCUAGACGUGAAGUAGAUUUGUACGGAUUUUCCUCAUCAGUAACUAGCACUACGUUGGGGCCAGUUAGAUGAUGAAUUAAAAUUGACACUAUGUAGACGCCAAAUCCAAAAAAUCAUGUCUUGCAUGAACGCAACAACAGCUGGCUGCUAACACAGAACCCUAUAUAAGUCAAAAAAUUUUGCUGAUGAGAAAGCGGAAUCCGAAACCGUCUUUUGGUAUGAGAAGCAAAGUCUGGUAUGUACAAUGUA